AUGCCGGACGAUGCUGGAAAGGUUCCGUUGGAGCAAACAGUCUAUGUGGGCGGGCUGAAUUUCAGCACCACAAGUGAAGCCCUGAAGGCCCACUUCGAGCAGUUUGGUCAGAUUUCUGACUGUGUCGUCAUGAUCGACAGAGAUUCGGGUCGCUCUCGGGGCUUUGGCUUUGUGACUUUUGAGGAUCCAGGGUCUGUGAAUGCGGCGAUCACCAUGCCUACGCAGCAGUUGGAUGGACGCAACGUCACAGUGAAGAAGGCCACCCGUGAGGGCAGUCGACAAGGCGGAGGAGCUGAACCACAAGGUGUUGAGUUCAAUGUAGUCAAGGUUUUCGCACUCCUGGCAGCAAUUCAGGUUGGGGGUUUGCCAGCCAGCGUGGACUAUGACAAGCUCACAGGAUACUUCGAGAAAUAUGGCAGCAUCGAGGAUGCUGUGGUUAUGAUUGAUCCUGGGACGCAGAGGUCGCGAGGCUUUGGUUUCGUGACCUUCAAAGAUAGCUCCUCCGUUGAGGCGUGCAUGCAAAACUACGAUUCCAACGAGAUUGACGGGAAGUGGAUUGAGGUGAAGCGUUGUAUACCUCAGGACAAAAUGGCCCCAGGGCAAGGAAAAGGCAAGAGCAAGGGAAAGCCUCCCUCCUACAGCAAUGGCUCUUCUCCAGGGGGCUCAGGUGCUGGGUAUCCUCCCAACUAUGGGCAUGGCUACCCGCCUGGUGGCCCUCCUGGUUAUGGUGGUUUUGGCCCAGCACCAGGGCCUUACGGUGUCCAGGGCUGUGGCGGCUAUGGUUAUCCACCGGCAUAUGGGCAGGGCUAUGCACCGGGCUAUGCACCAGGCACACCAGGCACACCAGGCUACGGUGCACCUGGUUACGGAGGCAAAGUCGGCGAAGAUUCCACUACGGAGCUGCUGGAAAGCAACACCACUGGGCCUGUGGAACCUCCAGCCUUGCCACCGGUCUUCCCAUGUGACAAUCAAAGCAUUCACCAGCAUGCUGAAAGCGAGCACAUGAGAGGCGGUUGUGCUGAUGGUGCCAAGUGCUACGCUGCACAGGACAUUGACCAUUGCGGAGCCGACACCUACUGUUGCGCUCCUGUGGUCGGGAAAUGCACCUCGGGUGCGACAUGCUUUGCUACAGAAAGGAUCGAGAUGUGCGAACCAUGGGCCUCCUGCUGUGCACCGAUCGUUCGGACUUGCCUUUCGCCCUCCUGUAGUCAGGCCGAAACCUGGGAACUUGACGUCAAGCCGAGUCAAGCUGCUCGAAUGAUUUGA